UCUCUCUUUCCCUCCUCCUCUUUUUUGGGUAGAUCAGCAGCUGUCAGAAGAGUCUCCUUGCAAAGCCCGAAAGAGGAACCCGACCCAAGGCUCUCUCUGCUUUUCUCCUCCCUCUUUUUUCAGCACCCGCCUUGGCUGGGAGUCUUGUUUUGCAGCACGAAGAGGAAACCAGAUUUUCAAGUAGAAUUGCAUCUCUUUGCUCCGAGUUCCUUCUCCUGCCUGGCAGCCAAGGAGAAGGGCUUGGGCAAAAGCCAGAGAGAAAGAGUGAGUGGCGCUUCAAGGCACUAUUGAUUCCCUUCUCUGCCUUUUUUCCGCUUUGCUCCCAUGCAUUUUCAGACUUCCUCCCUUCUGGCAGCCUGAGCGAAAGGAGAUGCCCACCUGGCAACUUUACCAACCGCUCAGCAUCAGCUCUUUCUGACAAGGGACAGGAUUCCCUCCAGACUCAGUGUCCCAAAGGUUGCCAGGACUGGUGCUCCUCCUUCCAGACCAUGGAUGGAACAAGCUUCUUGCACCUUUUUGUCAACCUAUCCUUUGCUCAUCAAACUUUCACCUUCUGCUGACAUCCCUCCCCUUUUUUCCUGAGACUCUACAAAAAAGAAACCCUCAGCAGAUACCCAGAAGGGCUUUGCAUCUGAGACAACCUUGCUGGACUGACUCUUCAGAUCAGAGUCGGUCUGCUGGGUCUGAAUUGAGGUGGCACCAAAGAAAUGGGGAGCACUGCCAUGGACACCAAGAAGAAGAAAGAUGCCUCUUCCAGCAGCGGCUGCAAGAAAAGCUCCGGCCAGAAGAAGCGCUUGUUGCGAGUCCACAUCCCAGAUCUCAGCUCAUUUGCCAUGCCGUUCCUGGAUGGAGAUAUGGACAAUUCAGAGAAACAUGCCUCACGAAAGACAGAAGACAACUACACCACAGGCAGCCCUUCCAGAGGACUUUUCUCAAAGGGGCUCCAGAACCGGCCUUCCAGCCCAGCCUCUGCUCCGGUCAAAUCUAAGCAUAGCCCAGGUUCACCCAAAACAGUGUUCCCUUUCCCGUACCAGGAGUCCCCGCCUCGCUCCCCGCGCCGCAUGAGCUUCAGCGGCAUCUUCCGCUCCUCCUCCAAGGACUCUUCCUCCCCGGCCUCCAACCCAUCUACCUCCCCUGGCGGGAUCAAGUUCUUCUCCAGAUCAAGAAAAACCUCUGGCCUGUCCUCUUCUCCAUCAACCCCAACGCAAGCGACCAAACAGCCAACAUUUCCUCUGGAAUCCUACAAACAUGAACCUGAAAGGCUAGAAACACGGAUCUACACGCCCUCCUCUCCUCCGGACACCGGCCAGAGGCUCGGUCAGCCUCCCGGACAAAGCGUGGCCAAGCCCCCCACCCCAGCGCCCACCCCCUGUGCUACCUCAAAAGCAGCGGCAGCAGCCUCCUCCUCCGAAGGGAUGCUGGAGAAACUGGAGCUCGAGGAUGAAGCUGUUGGAGAAUCAGAAAGUGAUAUCUACAUGCGUUUUAUGAGGUCGCACAAGUGUUAUGAUAUUGUCCCAACCAGUUCAAAACUUGUUGUUUUUGACACUACGCUACAGGUUAAGAAGGCUUUCUUUGCCUUGGUGGCAAAUGGUGUUCGAGCAGCACCGCUGUGGGAGAGUAAAAAACAAAGUUUCGUAGGAAUGUUGACUAUUACAGAUUUCAUUAAUAUAUUACAUAGAUAUUACAAAUCUCCAAUGGUACAAAUCUAUGAAUUAGAGGAGCACAAGAUUGAAACAUGGAGAGAGCUUUAUUUGCAAGAAACCUUUAAGCCUUUAGUGAAUAUUUCACCAGAUGCAAGCCUUUAUGAUGCUGUGUAUUCACUGAUCAAAAACAAAAUCCACAGAUUGCCAGUUAUUGAUCCUGUGAGUGGAAAUGCACUUUAUAUCCUUACCCAUAAAAGAAUACUCAAGUUUCUCCAGCUUUUUGUGUCAGAAAUGCCAAAGCCUGCCUUUAUGAAGAAAAAUCUGGAUGAACUUGGGAUAGGAACUUACCAUAAUAUCGCCUUUAUACACCCGGACACUCCUAUCAUUAAAGCUUUGAAUAUAUUUGUAGAUAGAAGGAUAUCAGCACUACCUGUUGUGGAUGAAUCAGGAAAAGUUGUAGAUAUUUAUUCCAAAUUUGAUGUAAUUAAUCUUGCUGCUGAAAAAACUUAUAAUAACUUAGAUAUCACGGUGACGCAAGCCCUCCAACACCGCUCUCAGUAUUUUGAAGGUGUUGUGAAAUGCAGUAAGCUGGAAACACUGGAGACCAUUGUGGAUCGGAUAGUAAAAGCCGAGGUUCAUCGGUUGGUGGUAGUGAAUGAAGCCGAUAGUAUUGUUGGUAUCAUCUCCCUCUCUGACAUCCUACAAGCACUAGUGCUUUCUCCCACAGGUGCCAUACAAAAGGAAGGCGAAGCUGAAUGAUUGCUGUGAACACGCACACUUUUGUAGGAGAACUUGAAUAAAGUUACGGGGUAAUCUUUGCCUGCAGAGCACAGAUGGCAAUAGAGAAGAGCCAAAUGGUGAUGAGAAUGUAUGUGUAUUGGACUGUGUGAUGGGUAGCUAGUCUAUUAUUCCCCAGUGACUGUCGCAAAGACGCAGCAUGACAAAAAGCUUAUGUAUUACAUAUAGGCUUGCAUUUCAAACCGUUUGCUGAAAGACUUCACAUGGUGUCCAUCGGAAAUGCACUGUAACCUGAAAACAAUACCUUUUUUCUGCAUUUGAUCGAAGUCACUGGUCCGCAGCAGAUCUCUGACAUAAGGCAAGUGUAUGGCAUAUUCAUAUCAUAGUGCCUUAUGUCAAAAAGCCAACAAUAUGUCAUCACUGUUACCCAUCAUGAUAAGAGGGGAAGUAUUUGUGUGAAACGAGACACUGUAUUUGAAUAUUCAAGUCGGUCAAGUUAAAGAAACCAAAUCAGUUUCAGUUAUCAUUAGUUUUGUCAUGAAAGUUGUACUUUGAAUAUCGGUAGAUUACUUUAAAACUUCAAUGACAAUUUUUUGUGUGUUUAUAAAUGUUGCAUCCUGAACAGAGAUGGUAAAGCGAGACUGAUCUAAAACCAGCUUUAUUUAUUUUUAUUUUCUGCAAUUUUUUACACAUCUUUGGUGGAUAGCUAAAAUUUCACCAUAUUCAUUAAUAAAAACAUUGAUUGUUAUAUAAGAA